AUGGCCAACAUUCUCUUCUUCCAUUUGUGCUUUUUUGUUCUGUGCAUGUUCUUACAUCAAACACCAAAUGAAGCUUCAAAGGCCGGGUUCAGUGUUAAACUAAUCCGCCACAGCUCACUCAAUUCUCCCUUCUACAUUCAAAAACAUAGACUUGGCUCAUUUUACCAAGUUCCCAAGAAAUCAUAUGGCCCAAAUGGUCCCUUCACAAGAGUGACAUCAAACAAUGGCGACUAUCUCAUGAAACUCACGUUGGGAACACCACCAGUGGACGUGUAUGGUUUGAUUGACACAGGCAGUGACCUGGUGUGGACUCAGUGCACACCUUGCUACGGCUGUUAUAAGCAGAAAAGUCCAAUGUUUGAGCCUCUAAGGUCUAAAACAUACAGUCCUAUUCCAUGUGAUUCAGAGCAGUGUAACUUACUCUUUGGUCACUUUUGCUCCCCUCAAAAUCUGUGUGCCUAUAGUUAUGGUUAUGCUGAUUCUUCAGUAACAAAAGGGAUGCUUGCAACGGAAACAGUCACCUUUAGUUCCAACAAUGAAGAACCUGUUGUUGUUGGGGACAUUAUAUUUGGGUGUGGACACAGCAAUUCAGGAACUUUCAAUGAAAACGAUAUGGGAAUCAUUGGACUGGGUGGGGGGGCCCUGUCACUUGUUUCACAAAUUGGUAACCUUUAUGGCAGCAAAAGGUUCUCUCAGUGUUUGGUUCCUUUUCAUACAGAUCCUCAUGCUUCAGGUACGAUUAGUUUUGGUGAUGUCAGUGAUGUUUCAGGUGAAGGAGUAGUCACAACUCCUUUGGUCUAUGACGAGGGUCAAACCCCUUAUUUUGUCACACUGGAAGGCAUAAGUGUUGGAGACACAUUUGUGCCUUUUAACUCUUCAGAAAUGCUUUCCAAAGGGAAUAUAAUGAUUGAUUCAGGUACACCAGCAACAUAUUUACCACAAGAAUUUUAUGACCGUUUGGUGGAGGAAUUGAAGCUCCAGAGUAGCCUGUUACCUAUUGAUGAUGACCCAGACUUGGGCACUCAAGUUUGUUACAGAAGUAAGGCAAAUUUGGAUGGGCCAGUCUUGACUGCUCAUUUUGAGGGGGCAGAUGUGCAAUUGUUGCCAAUACAAACCUUCAUCGCACCAAAAGAUGGGGUGUUUUGCUUUGCAAUGGCCGGCACUAAUGAUGGAGACUAUAUAUUUGGCAACUUUGCUCAAUCAAACAUUUUGAUUGGAUUUGAUUUAGAUAGAAAGACGGUUUCUUUUAAGCCAACUGAUUGCACCAAUCAGUAA